CCACAGGACUCGACCCAGGCCCAGGCGCCCCGCGUCGGUUCGGGCCUGCUCCAUCUCUGUCCUCAAACGGCCUCCAUGCGGGUCCGCUGUGUCAUUGAUUGCAUCCACCAGUUGACUGCACCGAUCGCACCAACCGAUCGAAUCUGCCGGUCGUGCCAGUUGAUCCCGUCUGCCGAUCGCCCGGCUCUCUUCGCAUCCUGCUGCAACAAUCAAACGUGAGUUCGAUCAUGGCCGAGAAACGGAAGCCCGAUGAACCUGCUCUGUCGGAGCCCAAGACCCGUCGCUCUGCCUCGUCUAAGGCGACUCUCCUCAAGGCAACGGUGCAUCCCGAGUUUUUUUACAUGAAGAUCAAGCUUACCUUCGAAGACUCGCACAAACUUGAUGAACUGUAUUUCAAAAACACCAUCUUCGAGGCCCUGCGAUCGGCAUUCGGUCUUGUUGGUGCUGGCCACCAGGUCGACUUGCUGUCCUUUGACGAACAAACCCAGUCGGGCUUGCUCCGAGUCCCGUAUGAAUCCUCAAAGACUGUGCGAACGGCUCUGUCGCUCUUUCGGACUGUCGACGAGCGGAGGCUGGGCAAGUUCGAUGUGCUUGAUGGCUCGGCGCAUCUCGCAAGUCUUGCGGCUUCCAGUCGGGACUGGGACCCUCAGCCAUAGCCAUGCAAGACUUUACCCUUUCUCUCGACAACAAUUAGGAAAGACUGAGGUAUCCACUCUACCCAUACGAAUCUCUCAAGCCGACAUUGGGACAGCGCGGUGUCUGAGAUUUAGCACCGGGACGCUCAAAGCGGGCCGGUCUAUCU